GUUGAAAGGUAAAGGUGCUGAGUUCGUUGCUGCACCUGUGUUCGGUGCGACACCGGUGGCUGAAGCUGGACAACUGCUUGUCGCAUUUAGAGGUUCAAAAGCUGUCUACGAGAAGAAACUUCCUCAUGGCCGGCCCCAUGGAACUCAUAGCAGAAGCGCACGUCUUCGCCGAGAAAACGGGGCCAGGCUCAACCACCUUAGAACGUCUCCUAGCGCUCAGCUUUGGCACCGUCGCGCACUCUGAUUCAGUGCGUAUGACUACGGGGGUAUACAUUCCGGAGAAAGACCAGGCGCCAUGGUCGGAUCUAGAUCUCGCGCUUAAGGACGUAGGACACGGUGUCGUGGGGGAGGACGCGGGCCUGGAUUUCAGGACGGAGGUUGUAAGGGAGCGGGAUGGGAAAGAAUAGGUCCGGCCUCUAAUAUUUCCCGAUAACAUCUCGCAAGAUCUGAGUGAUAACUA